UUUGGCUUUUAUGUGCAGUGUGCCAAGCAAGCAAAAGGUGUGGAUGGAUAAAACUAGAAAGUGCACCAAAAAAACCCAACUUGUAUGUAAACUACCUCUAUGGCUGUGUGUUAGUGAUGGAUUGAGAUUAUUUGUGCACAGAAACGUGUUAUAACUUGAAAGACUUUAGUCCCUGUAGUCACAUGUAACCAAGUUGCAGGUAGUUACAUCUCGCUCAUAAACUUUAUUAGAACGAUAAACAUUGAUUUUUCUCCGUUUUUAUUUAACAUCAAUCAGCACAUCUCGAGUCGCAUUGCACUGACAGAUGUGACCCAGAGCAUUUGGAGAGCUUUGAUUGGUUCUAUUUAUUGAUUAACGUAGAAUCUGAGCGUCCUUACGUACGAACUGCAACGUCACGUUUCUAUUGGUUGUCGUUAAUUAAUGAAAGGAAACGGCUGUCAUCUAUUUAGAUCACACAUGUCUGGCACCCGGCGGCAUGCUCAGAAAUAGACGGAGGCAGUAGUCGGAAAUGGAUCCAUACGCGUCUUCUCGGGUUGGACGUGUGUGCAGGUAUUUCUUAAAUGGCAAUUGCAAAUUCGGUCUAAGGUGUAAAUAUCUACAUGAAUCAUCAGUGUUGCCAUCAGUCCAGAUAUGCCAGUACUUUCAGAAGGGUACAUGCUGGUAUGGUGUGCACUGCAAAUACCUCCAUGUGGUUCAGAGAGAAGGUGCUGCUGCUGCCUCUGCUGCUGUGGGUAGAAGGAGCUCAGUGCCCAGCGUGUCCUCACCCAGUGUGGCUAGUGCUGUGCCAGACAGAAGAGGGUCAGAGCCAGCUCUGCCGCAGGCUGAGGCCACGUCCACACAGCAGUGCAACAGAGGAGUCCGGGUGAACGUCCCCAAUCCUCAACAGUGCACAAAACAUCUAGCAGCACAUACUGCUGAAGAACAAUCUGAUUCUCUGGACUCUAGUUCAGCUGCUUCUCAGGAGUCUGUCCAGAGGGCUGAGGUCAAUAAAGCAGAAACAAGUGAUGGAAGAACAGCACAGGAGUCUCCUUCCACUGACUCCAUUGAGAAACUGGGAGCGGCUGCUGCUGUUGCCUCUAGUCCAUGGAAAAUGGAGGAAAAACAAGCUUUUCUCCGGAGCAAAGACAUCACCUGUGGGAUCUGCAUGGACAAGGUUUUUGAAAAGCCAAAUGAGAGGGACCAUGUUUUUGGGAUUUUGCCAAACUGCAAUCACUCCUUCUGUUUACAAUGCAUCAUUACCUGGAGAAAGACAAAGGACUUUGGGCAGGAUGUGGUGAAGAGCUGCCCACAGUGCAGAGUGAAGUCUACAUUUUACAUGCCAAACAACUACUGGGUUGAAGGAGAAGAAAAGGAAAAAUUAAUUGUUGCCUUCAGAGAGAGAUGCAGGAAGAAAAAGUGUGACUAUUACAUGCAAUAUGGCUGCUGUCCCUUCAAGGAGGAGUGCCUUUAUCGACAUGACCCAACUUCAAGAUGCAGGUUAUUUGCGUAUCCUGAGGAGGACUAUGAUGGUCUAGAUCUACUUAACCUUGUCAUAGCCCUUUUUGAUAACGAUGAUGACUCCGACUUCCCCUUCUAUCUAUUCAGGGAUUGUGAACUCUAAGAAUCUUUUUCACUUUUUUUUGUCAGUGCCUGAAACCACUGAAUGGGGCUUUAAUUCUACCCAUUUGCCUCAGGACCAUGUGCCUGUGUUUUGACUCUUUUUCUGUCCUCAUUAGAAUAGUAACUAUUACUUUUAAGUAGCUGUACUCAGUAUCAGGGUAACAGUAUCAACCAUGGACCAAAUGGGUUUUUAGUUCAGUCUGACUGCUGCUGUUCAUUUUACUGACAGACCUUCCUUCAGAGUGUCUGAUGUGUAAAAUUCUCUUACAGUCUGGAAUAAGAAUAUCCAUACACACAGCUCCCUCUGCUCAUAGUUUGUCACUCUUGAUCUAAAUGUUAGCAACCCAGAGAA